CAUUCGAUUGGAGUGUUCAGACGCUUCUUAUUUCUAUAGCAACACGUUUUUAGUAAGACAAUGAGUAAUAUAAAAAGAGUUAGUCUUCCCAUUGAGGUUUUGCAUAAUUGCCGGGGGAAGCCAGUCUCUAUUGAACUUUUCACUGGGGAAACCUUUAAUGGUACGGUUAUGCGCACCGAUAGAACAAUGAAUGUUGUUCUCAAACAAUGCAUUAGAACUUCAGCAAACGGUGAUGCUUUUUGGCGAUCUCGCGAGUGUUUGGUUAGGGGUGCUAGUAUUCGUAAUAUACGCAUGGAUGACAGUGUGCUGCGGGUGUCGGCAUCCAUUCCCCAUAAAAAAGAAGCAGCGAGAAAAAGGCCGCGUACAACCCCUCAAGCCGGCUCAGCUCCAACAAAAAUCGAAAGAAAAGCGCAUCAAGGUCGUACCAAAUAACUUGUCUAUAGGAGUCUCUCUCUUCACUGUUUAUACCUUUAUUUGCGAUGGAUGAAAGUUAUAUUUUUUACCAAACAUAAAUAAUACGGGUCUGAAAAAUUCGUGCCUUUGUAUGCAGGAUGCAGCUGUGCUUUUGCAUUCAAACUGAUGUGAAGUAUAUUAGUAGUAUGACCUUAGAUGAAACAUUACCAAUGAUUCCAGUAAUUUUCUGCAUGGACCAGUCAUCUAGUAUAUAUAUAUAUAUAUAAUUGGAAUUUUUCGACAUACUUUGGAACAAUUAACCCAUAUUAUUUACUCACAAUAACUCUAACAACUCAUUUGUAUUUCGUUUUUUAUGUGUUUAACAGGGAGAGGGCAGAAAGUUGUAUUGAAUGAUUCAACAAGAACCUAUGUUUGUGUUUUCUUUUCCAAGAGGGGAAAAUAUACUUUUACAAUAUCCUUUCUUAACACUUGUAUUUGGUAUCCAUA